GAUAAUUCGUUGCAAAGUAACGAAGACAAUGAUGAUGAAAUUAUAAUUCAGAAAACAAAUAAAGAAAAUGAAAGCAUAUUCGAAUAUAAAUCCCAAAUUAAUCCAGAAAAUUGCAUACCCUGUUCUGAAUGUAAAGAAUGCUUUGAAUCACAAUCAGAUUUGGAAACUCACAUGAUAACGCAUCCUAAAUUAGAAGAAAAUGUGUUAACAUGUACUAAAUGCUCAAAAUCGUUUAGUGAUAUAAAAAUUUUACGUAGGCAUGUUCUCACACAUAUGAAAAAUAAGCGCUUUAAAUGUUCAAUAUGUUCAAAAGGUUUUUCCGAAUCUGGUAAUUUUCAACGUCAUAUAAGAACACAUAAAGGUGAAAAACGAUAUUUUUGUAAAAUUUGUAAUAAGGGCUUUUAUGAAAAAAAUGUUUUAGCACUUCAUACAAGAACACACACGGGAGAGAAACCUAUCAUAUGUUCAGCUUGUGGGAAACGAUUUUCUGAUCCAAGUGGCUUGUGGGCGCACAUGAAAACACAUAGUGGUGAAAAAAAUUACACAUGUCAAGUUUGUUAUAAAUCUUUUUCACAUUCAUUUGUUUUAACGAAGCAUAUGCGUAUACAUACAGGCGAACGUCCUUAUUUGUGUACCGAAUGUGGUAAAAGUUUUACUCAAUCGUACUAUGUCCAAAUUCAUAUGAGAAAACAUACUGGAGAAUUUCCAUUUGCAUGUACAGAAUGUAAUAAAAAAUUCACUCAGAAUAGUCAAUUGGAAAUUCAUAAACGAGUUCACACUGGUGUAAAACCAUAUGCUUGCUCUAUAUGUGAUAAACGAUGUGCUAGAAGCGGAGAUCUUACUAAACAUAUGAGAUCUCAUACCGGAGAGAAACCCUUUGCUUGUAACAUUUGUACAAAAAAAUAUGCAUCAUCAAGUCGAUUAGCUGCUCACAGGCGUAGUCAUUCAGGUGAACGCAUUCAUAGUUGUGAUAUUUGUGGGAAAGGAUUUAUCGAAUCGCAAGGAUUAAAAGCACAUAAACGAACGCAUACAGGAGAAAAACCAUAUGAAUGUACUACUUGUGGUCAACGAUUUAGUCAAGCUGGUUCUUUAAAUACGCAUAAAAAAAUUCAUACCGAAUUAUCGAAGACUUAA